AUGCGUUUCUCUGGUUUCCUUACUUUGACUGCCGCCACCCUGGCACUCGCCCACCCCGGCGAGAAGCACGACCCUGCCGCCCUUAAGAGAGAUAUUCACGCGCGCGAUGUGCAGGCCAUUAAGGCUAGACAGGCCCUGGACGCUUGCUCCAGCUCCAACGAGGCCGUUCAGCUGAACCAACGCAACAUUGCUCGCCGUGCCCAGACCACCCGUGAGCUUCGCAAGAACCGAGGAAUUACCGCCAACCCUCAAAAGUGGCGCAGAGACCUCGCGGCGCUCGAAGAGUGGGAGGCUAUCGACCACAAUAAGACUGGUAUCCUCAACUUCUCGCCCAACACCCCUGAAGAGGCCAUCUUCGGCGGCAACACUAGUGCCAUUCUUGCUCCCACCAUUACCGAUGGUCCAUACUACGUCUGGGGUGAGAUUACGCGCCAGGAUGUGAGGGAGGACCAAUACUGCGAUGGUGUGGAUCUGUUCCUCGAGGUGCAAUACAUCGAUGUCAACACCUGCCGUCCCGUGCAGGGGGCAUUCGUUGACAUCUGGAAUGCCAAUGCCACAGGUAUCUACAGUGGUAUUGUGGCAACAGGAAACGAGGCAGCGGAUGGCUGGGACUCGACCUACCUUCGAGGCAUUCAGGAAUCCGAUGAAGACGGCAUCGUUACUUUCCAGACCAUUUUCCCAGGGCACUACGAAGGACGCGCGACUCACACCCACCUCUUGACCCAUCUGAACUCGAGCGUCAACCGAAACAAUGGUACUUUAGAGGUCGGAACUGGCAGUGUCGCCCACAUUGGCCAGCUGUUCUGGAAUGAGGUUCUCCGUUCUGCAGUUGAGGAGACUUCUCCGUACAAUACCAACACUCAGGACAUCACAACCAAUGCGGAUGACAUGUGGAGUAUUGAGCAGGCCAGCGAUGAGUAUGAUCCGUUUCCUGAGUAUGUCUACCUCGGCCAAGGCUUGUCGGACGGGCUAUUUGCCUGGAUCCAAAUCGGUAUCAACGCCUCUGCCGAUUACACCGACAACUCUUACUACAGCAUUGCGGCCUAUUUCGAUGAGAAUGGCGGUCACCAGAACACCGACAGCAGUGCUUUUGGUGGCGGUAGCGGCGGCGAAGCUCCCUCCGGUGCUGCUCCUUCGGGUGCCAUUCCUUCUGGUGAAGCUCCGAGUGGCACAGCGGCGCCUUCCAGUGUCUAG